UUCGCCGGGUCCUUGAUUUGUAUAUCCAUAUCCUUGCAGUUCUUUGCCAUCCUUGCGCUCGUUGCCGCCGUCAGCGCCGGCGUACUGCCCGUCCAGCAGGUGUAUCAUGCGGCGCCCGCUCCAGCUGUCACCUAUGCCCAUGCCCCAGUAGCUGUGGCCCAUGCACAGCCUGUGCUGGCCAAGCACGACGAGGAAUACGAUCCCCAUCCUCAGUACAAGUUCGCCUACGAUGUGCAGGAUGCCCUCUCCGGUGACUCCAAGAGCCAGGUGGAGGAGCGCGAUGGUGAUGUCGUCCGUGGCGAGUACUCCCUGAUCGAUGCUGAUGGCUACAAGCGCACCGUCCAGUACACCUCGGAUCCAGAGAAUGGCUUCAACGCUGUGGUCAACCGUGUGCCCAUCGAUCACGUGAAGACCGUGGUCAAGACCGUCGCUGCUCCUGCUCCUAUUGCAGUCGCUACCGCACCGCAGCACGUUGCCUACCACCAGCACCACUAAGUG